UUGACCUCGUUUUUUUCCCAUCAAAAAAAUCGACCCCAUUUACAAAUUUUACUAGGUAAAAGCAAUUUUAUCAUAAGCCAUGACGAAUUAAUUAAUUGGCGUGUGCCGUUCGUUUGUUGCUAGUCGUCGUCGUUAAUCCGAUGCAGAUAAUCCCGUUCAAUUCCUCAACUAAUCCGACAGUUAAUUAACGGGAUGCACCAUGUCGGAGAAGCUGCUCCAACCAAUGGAUUAAUUUAAUCGGGGCAUUAGUUAAUCAUUUUCUUGGUCCAAAUCCGCCUUAUUAAUAUCGAUCGAUGGAUAGUGGCUCAGCUCGGAGAUUCGGCAGCAGCUAGCUGCCUGAUCGAUCGAUCGUCGUCGUCUUCAUCUCCGGCGAGCUAGCUGAGCUGAACUGAGCUUCGCCGCGGCGGCGCGCGCAUGAAGGAAGAGCCAGGCGGCGGCGGCGGCGGCCGACGGCGACGCUGGUUCGCCGUACUGCUGUGCUUCGGAGGAGACGGUAACGACAAGGAUGAGGCGGCGGGGAGGCCGCCGCGGAGGAGGAAGCGCACCGUGCCGGUGGACGGCGCCGGAGACGACGACGGGGCGGUUUCCUCGGCGGGAUCGGCUGAGCGGGAGAUGAGGCGCGGCGAACGGCGGCCUCGCCGCCGGCGAGGCGGCUGCGGCUUCUUGCUGCCGCUGUCGUCGUGCGUGCCUGGACUACUCAAGCGUAAUGUCAGGAGAAACAGCAACAGCAGCAACGACGUCCAUGGCGGGCAGCGGCAGCAGCACGAGCCCACCGCGCCGCCACUGCCGCGACCGGCCGAGCUGCCGCCGCCACCGCCACCGCCUCGACGACGCCACGACGUCGUCGCUCCGGCCACGACGCGCGGCGCCGGCGCCGGCGCCGGCGCCAUCGCCGACGCCGAGACGGCCGAAUCAAAAGGCGACGUCGUCGUCGUGGCGAGCUCGCGCGAACGCGCGAGCAGCUGCGGCCACGGCGAGUUCGGGCCGGCGAUGGGGGUGUGCGUGGUGGCGGCGGUGUCGAUGGCGGGGCUGCUCGGCGGCCGGCUCUGGGCCGUCGUCUGCGUGUGCGCGUGGCUCGCCGCGGUGUACGGGCUCCAGCUCAAUCGGCGCCGGGCGAAGCCGCCGCCGGCGGCUGACGGCGGAGGCGAGGAGGUCGUCGGCGACGUGAACUCGAAGGAUUACAAGAAGCUGGUUGUGCUCAAGGGGCUUCUCCAGCGUGAUCGCAGAUAGCUACGAACUACACGUUAUUAGCAGCUAAUUAUUUCAUUCUUCGUUACUGGUUGUGAUUAUAUUUACAAAUGAGAAUCAAAAUGUUCAGAAAUAUGAACAAAACGGAGAGAGAAAAAAACAAGUGAAUUAGUGAGCUCAUCUUUGAUUAUUA